UAAACAACAGGGCAUAUAUCCAGACCUUCUCUACAGCUAAGUCAAUAUGCAAAAACAUCCCUCCAAAUAUGAGCAUCAUAAAUGGGAAAGGAUUUUUUUCCAAUUGUAACCUUAAUGCCUGGGGUUGCAAGGAUGAGCAGAGACAGCCUCCUGCCUUUUCUUCAGCUCUGGCUCAUUUUAGUAGGGUUUUCUCUGUUGUCUUUGGCAGAGGCAUAUGGGUUUAGUAAAUGCACACAAUAUGAAUUUGACAUUCAUCAUAUGCUCUGCAUUCGGAAGAAGAUCACCAACUUGACAGAUGCCAUUAGUGACAUCCCUGGAUAUACUACUCAUCUCAAUCUGACACAUAACGCAAUUCAGGUCCUUCCUGCCUAUAGCUUCACUAAGCUGUCGGCCCUGGUGGAUCUGCGACUGGAGUGGAAUUCCAUUUCUAAGAUUGAUGAAGGUACCUUUAAGGGUCUUGAAAACCUGACCCUUCUGAAUUUAGUGGAAAAUAAGAUUCAAAGUGUGAACAACUCUUUUGAGGGUCUGUCCAACUUGGAGACUUUGCUCCUGAGUAAAAAUAAAAUCACUCAUAUUCACAAAAAUGCCUUUGUUCCUCUUGUCAAAUUGAAACAUCUGAGCCUAUCUAGAAACUUUCUUACCAACCUGUCCAAUGUUCUUGAUGCAGUCCAGCAUCUUCUGUGCCUAGAAUACCUUGAUCUUACUAAUAACACAAUCAUCUUCUUGGACCACAGCCCCAGGUCACUGGUCUCCUUGACCCAUUUGAGCCUACAGGGAAAUAAGCUAAUGGAAUUAAACUUCUCUUCUUUGUUACUUCCCAACCUGACCACUCUUGAUGUCUCUCAGAAUAGCUACCAAGUCAUCAAGAAUGUGUAUUUGGAAACUUUGUCCCAACUGAGAAGCUUGAAUUUGAGUGGAACACUCAUAAAACUGGAGAUGCUUCCUACCAAACACCUGCAGAACCUAAGAGUUAUGGACCUCAGUAACCAUGAGCUUAGAGAUGGUCACUUAAACAUGAGUACAGUGUGCCAUCUCCUCAGAAACUUACCCUUAUUAGAGGAUUUGGUUUUUAGAAAAAAUGCUACCAACACAGGGGGCAUAAAGCAUCUUGCCAACUGUACAAGGCUUUUGUUCCUUGACCUUGGCCAAAACAGUGACUUGGUUCACCUCAAUGACAGUGAGUUUGAUGCUAUGCCCAGCCUCCAAAGACUCAAUCUAAACAAGUGUCAACUUUACACUGUCAUCAACAGGACAUGGAGUUCCCUGCAGAACUUGAAAGUCCUAGAUCUGAGCCACAAUAAGUUUAAAAGCUUUCUGGAUUUUGCAUUUUCACCCUUGAAGAGCUUGCAGUCACUCUUUCUCUCUAGAAACCCCAUCACAGAACUCAAUAAUCUGGCCUUCAGUGGGCUGUAUUCAUUGAAAGAACUCAAUUUAGCUGGGUGCUGGAUAGUAACAAUUGACAAGUAUUCCUUUGCUCAAUUACCAAAUCUAGAGAGCUUAGAUCUUGGAGACAACAAUAUUCGGGUUCUGAAGCGGAGAACCUUUCAAUCUCUUAAAAAGCUCCAAGUUUUGGAUCUCUCACAUAAUCGCCUAACAAUUAUAGAGGAGAAUGCAUUUUCUGGUCUCAUAUACCUGUAUCACCUUGAUUUGACAUAUAAUAGCUUGUCAGGUUGUCAUGGACAUUUUUUCUUAGGCCUUAAAAAUCUGGAAAUUUUGAACCUCAGUUUUAAUAAAAUUGCGUACGAAACCACUAGGACCUUGAAAUUUCCACCAUUUAUGAACCUCAAGUCUUUGAAACAACUCAAUCUAGAAGGACAAAACAAUGGAAUUCAGGUUGUUCCAACCAACUUUUUCCAAGGGUUGAGUGGCUUGCAGGAGUUACUUCUAGGAAAAAAUCCUGUGAUAUUUCUGGACCACCUACAAUUUGACCCCCUGAUUAAUCUCACAAAGUUGGAUAUAUCAGGAACAAAAUCUGGAGAACGAAGUCUCUACUUAAAUGCUUCUUUAUUCCAAAAACUCAAAAGACUAAAAAUACUGCGCCUUGAAAACAAUAACUUGGAGUCAUUGAUUCCAGGCAUGUUCUCAAGCUUACAAAGCCUUCAGGUCUUCUCUUUAAGAUUCAACAACCUGAGGGUCAUUAAUCAAAGUCUUCUGGAGAAUCUGAAGUCUUUGAUGUACUUUGAUGUCUAUGGUAACAAACUUCAGUGCAACUGUGACAAUGUGUGGUUCAAGAAUUGGUCAACAAGCACAGCAGAUGUCCACAUCCCCUUCCUCCGGAGCUACCCUUGUCAGCAACCAGACAGCCACAGUUUGUUGGUAGAUUUUGAUGAUUCUGUGUGUAGUUUUGACCUUGGAAAAGUCUACUUCUUCUGUUCCUUUAGUCUGGUCCUCACAACUAUGGUCAUGUCUUGGUUAGGUACCAAGAUGAUUUCAUCUCUUUGGUAUGGAAUAUACAUAUUUAGGGCCUGGUACCUAGCUAAAUGGCACAAAACAGAGAAGGAGUUCAUAUAUGAUGCCUUUAUCUCUUUCACUGCUAGUGAUGAGGAAUGGGUAUACAGAGAGCUUGUUCCAGCCCUAGAAGAAGAUAGUCAGCCCACCUUUAAGCUUUGUCUUCACCAUCGAGACUUUGAACUGGGCAUAGACAUCUUUGAGAACAUCCAGAAUGCCAUUAAUACAAGCCGGAAAACUUUGUGUGUGGUCAGUAACCAUUACCUGCACAGUGAGUGGUGCAGACUUGAAGUACAGCUGGCCAGCCUCAAAAUGUUCUAUGAGCAUAAGGAUGUCAUUAUCUUGAUCUUCUUGGAAGAAAUCCCAGACUAUAAGCUAUCUAGCUACCACCGACUCAGGAAACUUGUGAACAGACAGACAUUUAUCACUUGGCCAGAGAGUGCUCAUGAGAGGCCACUUUUCUGGGCUCGUGUUAGAAAUGCAUUGGGCAACAAAACUGUGGAGAAAGACAAUAAGCAGCUAAUUGUCAUUGAAUGACUGAAAGUUUUACAAUCUCAAAUAAAAUCACACAAGAUUGCCCAAGAUAUGCGUAGGCGCAGCCAGGCGUGGUGGUGCACACCUUUAAUCCCAGCAGUUGAGAAGCAGA